AUGGCAUCUGCAGAGCCAAGAAACUCCACAGACGCACAUUGUCUGCACUGCGAUAAACCAGAUAACGAUCGGAUGGUUGGGUGUGACUUGUGCUCGAAUUGGGCCCAUUACGAGUGCGCCGGUGUAUCGGACUCCAUCGAAAAUCCCGAUCGUUCGUGGCGAUGCCAAGCAUGUACAUCGGUACCCUUGGCACCAAACGUAAGUUCCCAAAAAUCGGAUGCUCGAUCAGUUUCAACGCGUAGAUCGCGUGUGGACCAGGAACUAAUGCUGUUGAAAGAACAACAUGAGCUCGAAAUCAAGGCAUUGGCCGAAGAAGAGGCCGCUGCAAAGAAAAAGGCAGAAGAAGAUGAAGCAGCAAGAAAGCGACAAGCGACUAGUGAAAAGGAAUUGCGGAAAAAAAGAUAUGACAUGGAAGCAAAGUACAUUAAGAAAAGGUUUGAAGCAGUAAUGGAAGCAGGAAGUGGAAGUGUCAGUAGUAAAAGAAGUAGUAGGGAGAAAGUAUCGGAGUGGCUAGCAAACGGGACCACGGGUAAUAUGGGGCAAAACGCGCCGACCGAGUGGGAGUUACCACAGCAGCCAUCUAGUAGUUCAGCCCAAGCUUUUCCGGCAUCAGCCCUUCCUAACGAGGUUCAAAACAUAUCCAGUUUCACCUCAGCCGAGAUUAUUUCACACACUAUAGUAGCACCAACAUCUUCAUCCACUCCUCACGCUAGUUUGGUAGUUCCAUCUACAGUAACAACCAGCAAUCAGGUAGCGUUUUGUACAACUAGCAGCCCACAUAUUCGGAAUGAUCCAGCUGUUGGGUUGGCUUCUGGGAUCCAUCUUCCGUCUGCCAUUCGCUGGUCUUCAAAGGAAAUUUCUCCGACCACGAUGCUACAAAUGAUCAGCAACGAAAGACAAAAUCAGCUACAGAACGAUCUUGUUUCGAAGGCAGCUAUUCGUAGCACACCCAGACCUUACCCGCCACAUUUGGCCAUGAGAACUGAUUCUAACAUCAUGACAUCCGUAUGCAGAGGAUCGAUUCCUUCGGUGACGACAGCCGGACCUUACGUUUCAACCGGAACUAUUCCUAAAAUUCCAAGUAAAAUUUACGCUCCACGCUGCACCGCCGUACACAAUCCUAUAAUCAACACGCCAGAACCACUUCCAGUUUCGAUUGAAUCGAGUCGCAAUUCAAAUAGGUAUCCCGGAUUCACGCAAGGUUUCAAUCAUGAUAUCGCACAUGACAUCUCUACAAUCGUAUCUCCUUUGGCUCAGUUAACGAUAGUUGAGCAACACCAAAGACCAUCAUCAUCCAUUCCUACUGGUGGCGAAUUACACAACACAAACAGAGCUCUUCCCACAUCAACACACGGUGUUCCAUUCCCGAUAAUGGCAGAUGAAUCGGGGAAGAAUGUGAUCAGUUAUCAAAUGCCUUCAGCAGCCCAACUCGCAGCGCGUCAAGUGAUAGCCCGUGAACUACCCUACUUUUCUGGCGAUCCACAAGACUGGCCGUUAUUUUACGGCACGUACCAGAAUAGCACGAUGUCCUGUGGGUUUUCGUAUGCUGAGAAUUUGUCCCGAUUGCAACGUUGUUUACGUGGACCGGCCUUGGAAGCGGUUAAAAGCAAACUUACCACCCCAGAGUCCGUUCCUCAAAUAUUGGAUAUAUUGAAGCGACUGUAUGGCAGACCAGAAAUAAUUAUUCAUUCACUGCUUAAAACACUUCGGAAAACUGCUCCACCGAAAGAGGACAACCUACGCUCCAUUAUAACAUUCGCAUUGGCCGUUCAAAAUACGGUUGAUCAUAUGAUAACCACAAAUCUUUUGGAACAUCUAUGUAACCCGACUUUGAUACAAGAACUUGUUGAAAAAUUACCUCCGCAAAUGCAGAUGCAUUGGUCCUGGUUCAAACGUCAGUACACAACCGUGAAUCUCGAGGUGUUCGGCCUGUUCAUGACAGAACUCAUGAACACUGCCAGUGACGUUAUCAUGCCAGAAGUUCCCACGAGAAAUGAAAAUACGAAAAAAGUUGGUAAGGAAAAACAUUCGCUCUUUACACAUGUGGCUAUCGAUAAUCCAACAGAGAUCUCAUUGCAAACGGAAUAUCCUAAGAAAGCGUGCAUUUUUUGUGGCUAUACUGGCCACGAAAUCGUUAACUGCGAAAUAUUCCAAAGUCUGAACAAAGACGCCAGGUGGAACGCAGUAAAAGAGAAAAAGCUCUGUCGCCUUUGCCUCAUCCCUCACAAAAAAUGGCCUUGUCGCUCUACGAGACAGUGUAAUGUUGACGGUUGUCGUGUUCGUCACCACCCCCUGCUACAUCCACAAUCGGCCGCAAACCCAAGUACUUCCGCUGCGUCGAACGUCAGUAUUGCUCAUCACCAUACCGGAUGUUCUUUUUCACUUUUCCGUUACCUCCCCAUCGUUGUGCAAGCAAAUGGCAAGUCGAUCGAAGUAAUUGCUUUCCUAGACGACGGCUCAUCUUCCACUAUGCUGGAAGCUAGCGUUGCAACCGAGCUUGGAAUUGAAGGGCAAACCGACCCAUUGUGGUUGAGUUGGACGGGCAACGUUACAAGAGAAGAGAAAAAAUCGCAAAGAAUAUCGGUGAUAGCUUCCGGUCUUUCGCUGAAAAAAAUGUACAGAUUGAACAAUGUUCGUACAGUAGAAAAACUACUGCUUCCUUCGCAAUCUAUGGACUACGAAUAUUUGAAAAAUAUAUACCCACAUCUGCGAGGAUUGCCAGUUAAAGGGUACGCGAAGGUCACACCUAGUAUGAUAAUCGGUAUUGAACACGCAACUCUGUUAACUUCCUUGAAAAUCCGAGAAGGUGGUGCGAAUGACCCGAUCGCAACUAAGACGCGCUUAGGGUGGUGUGUUUUUGGGAAACAAUUGAUUGGAUCACAAGCUAUCGAAACCGUUAGUGUGCAUUGUGAAGCGGAGUCCUGCGAUCGUGAAUUACACGAAUUGAUUAGACGACUACUGAAAGUAGAAGAAUCCAGAGCGGAAGGUCAUGUAACCGAUAGUGAGAAACGUGCUCUGGCCAUACUCGAAGCGACUACGCGACGGGUCGACGGUCGAUUCGAGACCGGUCUACUAUUCAAGCACCCGGAGCAACGUUUUCCAAACAGCUUCUCAAUGGCAGAACGCCGAUUACAGUCCCUAGAGAAGCGUCUAGCUAAAGACCCGUUUUUAGAAAACAAAAUACGCGAACAAAUACAGCAAUAUUUGGAAAAGGGUUAUGCCCAUCUAGCAACUACGCAGGAGUUACAAAACACAGAUCCGGAGAAGACAUGGUACCUUCCUCUUGGGGUGGUUCAAAAUCCCAAGAAACCCGAGAAGAUUCGAUUGAUAUGGGACGCUGCAGCUCGAGUGCAGGGGAUUUCGUUCAACGAUGCUUUGCUCACAGGUCCAGAUCUCCUCACAUCGCUGCCUGAUAUCCUCGUGAGAUUUCGGCAAAGGGACAUCGCUAUCACCGGAGACAUCAAGGAGAUGUUCCACCAAAUCAGGAUUAGAAAUCCUGAUAAGCAGUAUCAACGCUUCCUUUUCCGUGAAAAUCCGCACCAACAACCGCAAGUCUACGUGAUGGACGUGGCUACCUUUGGAGCAACAUGUUCCCCGUGUAUAGCCCAGUUCGUGAAAAACCGCAACGCAAUGGAAUAUGCCACUGAAUUUCCGCAAGCCGCUAGUGAUAUAGUAAAUGAACAUUACAUGGAUGACUACCUGAAAAGUGUAGACACACCAGAAGAGGCUGUGAAAAUAGUCAACCAAGUAAAACUAAUUCACGCGCAAGGUGGUUUUGAAAUUAGGAAUUUCGCUUCUAAUUCUACCGAAGUUUUAGAAAAACUUGGUGAAUCCAAAGAUACACGAGAGAAGGUUUUAAGCCUGGAACAGGGGAUAAGUACCAAAGAAAAAUCUGAACGAGUUUUAGGCAUGGUUUGGAAACCCCACACAGAUGUCUUCACCUUCGAUGCCACGUUCCAAGCGGAAACGAUGCGAAUUAUCGAUCUCAAAGUCAUUCCUACUAAGCGGCAAGUUUUGAAAAUAGUUAUGUCACUUUUCGAUCCCCUUGGAUUGAUAGCCCAUUUCAUCGUACAUGGGAAGAUUUUAAUGCAAGAAAUUUGGAAGUACGGUUGUGACUGGGACGAGCAUUUACCAACAGAACUACAUGCAAAUUGGUUCAAGUGGAGUGAAAAGCUGAAACAAUUAAAUGAAAUAAUUAUCCCUCGAUGUUUCUUCAAAAACUCGCCUCCCAAGUGUCUAAACACUCUUCAACUUCACACUUUUGUGGAUGCGAGUGAAAUGGCUUAUUCCUGUGUAGUGUAUGGUCGUAUUUUAGAUAAUGGAAUCCCAAAAUGUGCGAUCAUUGCAGCGAAAACGAAAGUGGCACCAUUGAAGCCGCUUUCUAUACCACGUCUUGAGUUACAAGCGGCCGUGGAAGGUAGCCGCCUUACUCAGAAGAUAAUGAACGCUUUGACUCUCCCAGUUAGUGAAAGGUUUCUCUGGUCAGAUUCAACAACAGUCCUGUCCUGGUUGCGGUCCGAUAGUCGACGUUAUCAUCAGUAUGUGUCGUGUAGAGUUGGUGAGAUACUACGAAACUCUUCUAUCAACGAAUGGAGGCAUGUACCGACGAAACUCAACGUGGCGGACGAGGCCACAAAGUGGAAUGCCGAGCCUAGUUUCAGCCCUCAAUGUCGAUGGUUCACUGGACCAGAAUUUUUGAGGAAACCGGAAUGCGAAUGGCCAUCUAAAUUUAAAGUUAUUGGUAAUCCUGAAGAAGAAAUGCGAGCAGUCUUCAUGUUUCAUGCUCAAACCUUCAAACCUUUGGUCGAUUACUCUCGAUACUCACAGUUCAAUAGAUUAUUGAGAGCGAUAGUAUAUGUUUACAGACUAGUCGCGUGGUAUCAAAGGCGCCCUAGAAAAGGAAUUUUUGAAGCCGAUGAAAUCGCGUCAGCUGAAAACUUUUUAUGGCGACAGGUUCAGUUGGAAACAUAUUCGGAAGAGUACAAUAUUUUGCUUCAAAACCUCAAUAACCCUCUUGAAGAACAAAAAUCGAUAAGAAAAGGAAGUUCGUUGUACCAAAUGACUCCUUUUAUGGAUGAUCACCACGUGAUGCGUAUGAAUAGCAGAAUAGGAGCCGCUCCUGCAACUCCGUUAGAAGGUAAAUAUCCAGUCCUUCUGCCAAAAGAUCACCGAUUGACCUACCUGCUCAUACAUCAGUACCAUCGUCGUCUGUUGCACGGGAAUAAUGAAACAGUAGUCAAUGAGAUGCGUCAGCGUUUUCGCAUUCCUCAUUUGCGUACGCUAGUGAAACGUGUUGCGAAAGAAUGCCAGUGGUGUAAAGUUAAGAAAGCCCUCCCUAAACUUCCCAUUAUGGCACCCUUACCUGCUGUUCGACUGACACCAUUCGUCAAGCCCUUCACUCAUACCGGAAUAGAUUAUUUUGGUCCGCUAAUGGUCAAGCAGGGGCGUAGUUUGGUUAAGCGUUGGGUGGCACUGUUUACAUGCCUUACUAUAAGAGCAGUACAUCUUGAACUAGUGUCCAGCCUUUCGACCCAGUCUUGUGUUAUGGCCAUCCGCAGGUUCAUCGCGCGAAGAGGUUCUCCAGGUACAUUUUACUCCGACAAUGGGACCAAUUUUUUGGGCGCGAACAACCUUCUCGUUAGUCAGAUUCGUAAUGCCCACGAAAACUGCGCCGUAAUAUUCACUAAUGCACGCACGCAAUGGUUCUUCAACCCUCCUGCGACUCCCCAUAUGGGAGGCCCAUGGGAACGUAUGGUAAGAUCCAUAAAGGCCGCAAUGGAUGUCAUAUCGGACCAUCCACAACAUCCCAGCGAAGAAGUCUUAGAGACUGUAAUGCUUGAAGCAGAAUCUAUAGUGAAUUCUAGACCUCUCACUUACGUCCCUUUAGAUGCCGCAGAAUCAGAGGCCUUAACCCCGAACCAUUUUAUACUCUAUGGCAGUACUGGCAUCCAUCAACCUGUGACUCCGUUAGAGAUUACCAACAGGACAUUACGGGAUAGCUGGAAUUUGGCUCAAACACUGGUCGACAAGUUUUGGGUAAGGUGGGUCAAAGAGUAUUUGCCGAUGUUAACUAAGCGAACGAAGUGGUUUACUCCGACCAAGCCGUUAAAACCAGGUGAUCUGGUCAUGGUAAUCGAUCAACAGAAGAGAAAUGGCUGGGUACGAGCACGCGUUGUUAGUGUGAUUACUGCACCAGAUGGCCAAGUGCGAAGGGCUGUGGUUCGUUCAGCAAAUGGAGACACUAUGAAAUCGGUAGCCAAUUUAGCACUCUUAGAGGUAGAUGGACCUUCGCCAGACCAGGCAGGAUGUAAUCUGGAGCCUUCGGAACUACACGGGGGGGAGAAUGAUGAGAAUACCCCUGGGCUGAAUCAUGUUAGUGGCGUGAGUCCCGACUGCUCCCUAUAUAGUGACAUCUAA